GCGCCCGGCGUCCGAGGAGCCCCUCGCCGAGUCCUGGGCCGACAUAGAGGACGACGACGAGCCGCUCGUCGGCAAGCCCAGCGGCGCCGGCACGGGCGCCGCCGCCGCGCUCCAGGGCCGCCCCGUCUCCAACGAGCUGAGCCGGGGGCUGCUGCUGCUCGAGAUGUGCAAGCCGCCCGACGCCUGCAAGCCGCCCGAGGCUUGCAAGCCGCCCGCGCAGACGGCCGCCCCGUCCUGGCAGGGCUGCACGCUGCCAGCGGGCGCCCAGGCCCGCACGCCGCUGGCCGCGGUCGCAGCCGCCCGCACGCCCCUGAGCUCGAAGUCCAGGCCGUUCGCGCCGCAGCCGUUCGCCCCUGGGUUCUACCCAGCGGCCGCUCCCGCCUGUCAGUGGCAGGGAGCCGCGCCCUUCGGUGUCGCAACCGAGCCCGUGGGCGACUGGUUCAAGGCAGAGGCGAAGACGGAGGAUGAGGAGUGGACCACCGUAAUGCUGUGCGGCUUCCCCCGGAGCUACGACCGCGACAAGCUGGUCAACCUGCUGGACUCCCACGGAUAUUCCGGCAUGUUUGAUUUCGUCUACCUUCCGAUGGAGUUUGAGUAUUCGGAGUGCGUCGGCUACGCGUUCGUCAACCUGACCACUGCCGCGGCCGCGCUGCGCCUCAAGGCGGCCUUCGAGGGCUUCGCAGGCCACCCCUUCGCGGGCGACAAGCCCUGCCGCACGAACUGGAGCCGAGUGCAGGGCCUGGGCGCGAACGUCAAGCAGUACAGGAACAGCCCAAUUAUGCACAAGCUCGUGCCGGACGAAUUCAAGCCCAUGCUCUUCUGGAGAACGGGCAGCCGCAGCCCUUCCCGGAGCCCACCACGGCCCUCAAGCAGCUGCGGCCCCACCGGAAGAAGGAGAAGGCGCAGAGCAGUGAUUGAGACCUCUCCCGAGGCAUAG